GUUAAUUUAUUUACCGUGAAAUGGAACCCGUGCUGGAGCUGGCCCGGCUGGGCACAGGCGGUGGGUAUUGGAAGGGUAGGACCAGAACUGGUCCCAAUUCUUCAGAUGGAUUGAAGCGAUGACUCUUUUGACGAAGGUUUUGAUAAAAAGGCGCUUCAUGGGACCGUAGGCGGCGAUGCUCGCACAUGGUUGUUUCUCGAUCUAGGAGGGUCAUCGACAAUCGACAUUGUCAUCUCGACAGUGAAUACAAUAUUUUUGUCUUUUGCAAGAGAGAAAAGGAGUAAUAAUUGAAGGUAGAUUGCUUGGCUUCGACGGUAUCGGUUCGAAAUAAGCCAAAAGGAGCAAUCUUCACUCGUUGGGGGCUGUGACUAGGUCGGCCUUCGUCUGAUGAUCAGAAGAGCUGUGGAUGGUCUUGCAAGAACCUCUCCCUCAUCAUCUCUUUUAGGGUUUCCUUAAUGAGCUGCCGCUCAUUUCAACAAGAUGCAUGGAUUCUCCACUGUUGAUGGCUUUGUGGAGAUAACUGAAAGUUUAGCAGAGAUGAUAAAAUAUGUGGCAAAUGAACCCUCAGUGGGCCUUUUCUAUGUUCAGCAGCAUGCUCAGAAUCAAGUGCCCAAUCUUAUCAAUCUCAGGAAUAAUGUCAUUGAGCAAUCUCGAGAAACAACUCUGCACACUGAAGAUUUGGAGGACUCCAUAACCAUGGUGACGUCUAUGAAUAAAUGUGGGUUGCCCAUUGCUGAUGAGAUGAUUAAAGAUAUUAGAAAUUCUCUAGGCAUCAUGUCAACUAAACAACCAAAAAGAGGGUUAAUCCAAAACACUAGUUCAGGUCUUCUUAUUGGAAGAACUAGCUCUUGGGGACCAACUACAUGGGGCCGUAAUUCCGCUCAUGGCCAGCAGGAUGUUGAAAGAACUGGCAAUUAUUUUUCUAGCGUUUUCAAAUCAGCAAAACAAAAGGCUAGCAACUUCAGGUGGCCACAAUUUGAUACCAAAGAACCAAGAGAAACCAAGGGUGAGAAGUCAAUGCUCUAUCCUAAUGCACCACUGUCAGUUGUAGCUGCGGGUACCGAUCCAGCUUUGCCACAUAUUGAAACUGAUGAACUGCCCUUAUCAAGUCAGAUUGCAGAUGCACUACCAGAAGUACCAGUUGGUAGAAACCUAUCAAGUCAUAAUUUAUUGUCGGAGACAGAAAACUAUGAGGAUUUCAGGGCUGAUAAAGAAGCCAAAUUAAAGGAGUGGUUGGAUGAAACUGGCAAGAGAGCAAGUGAUGAUGUGAAAGGCUAAAUUUAGGGUGACAGAACCUGAACAACAAAACAAGCUAAAAUUUGUAAAUACUUGUUUGUAAUACAAAUAGCUCCAGAUAAUGUAUACACAUUACUACUAUACUGCUGAGAUUUUCCCACAUUUGUUUUCUUCAA